ACUCAACUACCGGAUCAUGACGGACCGCUACAACAUCCACAGCCAACUUGAACACCUCCAGUCCAAGUACAUUGGGACCGGUCACGCUGACACCAGCAGAUGGGAAUGGCUGGUCAACCAGCACCGUGACUCCUAUUGUUCAUACAUGGGCCACUUUGAUCUGCUAAACUAUUUCUCCGUCGCUGAAAACGAGAGCAAGGCUCGCGUGCGUUUCAAUUUAAUGGAGAAGAUGCUGCAGCCAUGUGGCCCCCCUGCAGACAAGCCUGAUGAUGCUUAGAUUGUACAGCAGCAAAGGGCCACAGAGACUGGAUAGAGGCGUCUGCGGUUGACGCUUAUCCUAGACACCAAACUUAACAUGGUGGCUUACAGGACUUUUGAGGCCGGAGCUGCUUGCGAGGAGAUUUUACGAUUGAGUCUGGCUUCAGUUUUGUAUCUAUUGUUUCAUAUUGAUUGAUUUGUAUUACCAUUGACAUGCAAAAUUGGGCCUGGUAACUUGCAUAAAGAAAUUCAAAUACAUUUUCAAAAUAUGCUUUUUAUGACAGUUACAUUCAGUUUUAACAAGGUAUUAUCAAUAAAUGUUAUUUUGUGUCUUGAA